AUGCUGAUUCGCCCGCCACUGGUUGCACGGCCGCCACCGCCCGUCGCGCGAAGCUCGGUGCUAUGCCGGGAUCAGCAGUCGCUCGACCAGCAGGCGCUACUUGGCGACGCGUUUGUAAGCAUGAUUUAUGGGGCUGUCCAGGGAGUGGUCGACGCGAUCCUCUCUCCCCUCGCCGAUGCCGAGCCGGAGCUCUUCACCUCUACGGAGCGGCUGCCGGGCUCGGCCGCUCAGGGCGCCGCACUCGCUCUCACCUGGGUCGCCGCCGCGCUCCUUCUGCGCCUGUACGACCCGUCGCUCACGCGAGGCGACGCGGCGCAGGCCGGCACCGCCUGUAUCGCCACGUGGGCAGGAGCGGUCGCGCUCGCGGAGGGUGGACUGCUCCUCCUCUCCAGCGCCGGGAUCGGCCCUGGCCCGCUGGAUGUUGCAGAGCUCGGCUUCCUCACGGGGUCGCUGAGCGUGCUCGCGGGCUGGCGAUGGAUCCUGUGGCGGACGGUCGGUGGAGGCUAA